AUGUACCCAGGUGAUGGUACAACAGUUAAAGUUAAUGAAAGAGUUUCAUUCCCAUCUGGUAUUGAUGCAAAAGAAGUAUAUAUUAAUGGUAAAAACAUCAAUACAACAUUGAUUCCUUUGAAAAAUAAUGAGUUCACUGAACCUUUGACAGUUAAAUCAAUUCGUUCAAGAGAAGACAAACCUGUUAUAAUCAAUAAAAUAGGAGCUGAUAAUGACCAACCAGUUCAAAUCAAGAAAAUAAGAGCAGACGACAUAAUAUUGAACUUUGACCUUGGUUCAAGUGCACCAUUAGAAAAUCCAAGUACAAGCGUAAAAGAUACUCUUAACAGUUUAGAUAAGAGUUGCAGGAACAUUGAAAGUCAUGCCAGAAACUUUGAAGCAUAUGAACUACCAACAAUGUUAGAUAAGAAAGCAGAUAAAACUUAUGUGGAUGCAGAACUAACAAAGAAAUUUUGGAAACCAGAUAAAAUGACAUUUACAACAGAAAUUAUAAAUGGUGAACCAGCAACUCCAUUUGAAUUUGUUAGAGGUCUUCAACCAGAUACUUUUGAAUUUUUCUUGGAUAAUUCUAUUGAACUAACAUUACAUUAUAAAAGUGGAACAAAUGCAACAUUUCAUCCGGGAGAUACAUUCCAAAUGGUAUUUAAUGACAUAAGUUCUUUAGAAUAUGUUUAUAGAGUUAUGAGCAUAUAUGAUUUAAUAUAUCCUAUAGGAGCUGUUUAUACGUCUAUGAAUCCAAUAAAUCCAAACACUUUAUUUGGUGGUAGAUGGUAUGAAAUAGUUGACAGUUUUCCAUUCUACACUAAUACGCAGUCAAUGAAGAUGGGAGGUUCAAAGAAAAUAGGUAUUGAAAACCUUCCUUCACAUAUGCAUAGGUUCAGUGGAAGAACAUCUGUGGAAGGAAACCAUUCACAUUCAAUGACAAAAAGAGGUUAUACAAAUCUUGCAGCAGGUUCGGAUAGACAGGGAAUGCAUAGAUAUGAUAUUUCAAGUGACCCAGUAGAUUCAAGCACAGGUAUUUUCUGUGGAACUGCAGGAAAUCAUACACAUGUUGUAGCUGGCAUUACAGACCCAGCAGGUAAUGGAAAAGAUUAUAUGCCUCCUUAUAUAACAAUGCACGCUUGGAUACGAGUUGGUUAA